UACCUUGUCCUAUUGAGAAGGAAAACUUUAUAAAGCUAAAUAUUUCAUAUUUCAUCAAUCAUAUUAUGGCAAGCAUUAGUGUGGUUCCUUGGCAACCCUUAUUAGUACAAAAGAAGCAUAUACUUAAUAGUCAUUUUCAUACAAAGAAAACAUCAUGUUCAGUGAUUAGGAAUGAAAAAACAUCCUCAUUCAGCUAUAGAAGCAUUGCAAAUGUUCCUUUCUAUGAGUUACCAGGGGCUUCAUUUGAUCAAUAUAUGGAUGAUAGACUAAGAGUACUCAAAGCAGUGUUUCCUGAGAAAGGAAACUCUAAACAGCUCAAUGAGGAAGAAUGGAGAGUUGAAAUGCCUUCUAUACAAUGCUUCAUCUUGAAGGUUCAACCAAAAGUAGAUGUAAGGUUAAGAAUUAAGUCUAAUGGAGAAGACUAUCCAUCUCACGUUCCUCAUCACAUUAGCAAAAUUCUUGAGCUUCAUUUUACGAGGUGGGAGCUCCAAGGACUCAAUAGCUUAUACAAUGAUCCUUACGACUUCAACUUAGAUGUAAGAGGUAUUAUAUAUCCAGAAAGGAAAGGAAAGAGUAGUUGGCUCAAGAAUCAAAUGGAGAUGAAGAUAAACUUUACUGUUUCACCAACAAUGACUUUUGUUCCUGAACAUAUCUUAAAAGAUGCAUUAGAGUUGGUAUUCAAAACGAUGUGGAAUCAAAUGAAGCAAGAAUUUCAUGGUAAUUUAUUGGCAGAUUAUAAUAGUUUCAAGAGAUACAAAUCCAAGAAAAGUCCAGUCUAAACAUGUUGUCCAUUCCAUUUGUUUACAACUUUGACAGCAAUUGCUGAGGAUGAAUUUUCAGCCAAUUGAAUCAAUGAUGGAUCAUAAUAUUGUAAUUCAUUUUUCAAUUGUAAAUUAGUCCUGAUUAACUGCAAUGAAUUCUUUGAAAAGAAAAAUAUGAUUUUUUACUAGUGUAA